AUGUCCGCUCGUCGUUGCCUUUUCGGACGUCCAACUCCCGAACAACGUGCCAGAACUCGCGAAUGGCUCGACAACGCUUGCAAGCGUAUACGUGAGGAAGAAUCUAAGAAAUGGGGAUUCGAUUUCGAACUUGGAAUGCCUCUUCCUUCCCUCAUGAUCUCUACUGAAGUCGACUACAAGUAUGAAAUUCUGCCAGAGUGUUCCGUACCGGAGUUCUACAGAACUAAAGUGAUCAGCGUCAACACAUCGCACUCCACCCAUACUGAUUUGAACCUCAGCUCCACGACAUUGACUCCAUUAAGCUCCCCAAGCACAUCUGAGAAGGAGGAACCCUCAUUGAUGGAUCACAACAGCUCGUUCGAGGAUGAGGAGGAGCCAAAGAAGUGGUUGUUCCGGGAGCCACCAACCCCAAGAAAGUCCCCACAGAAGAGACAACAAAAGGUCACUGAUUUCUACACUAUCACCCGUAAGAAGAACUCGAUGUCCCCAAAAAUGUCUCCGAAGAAUGUGAUAUACACUCCAAAGUCGAGACGCCCGACAGUCAGCACUCGUUCACCGUACUAA